GACGGACUGCCAGACUCCAUUUUAAACUUCAACAGCGCAGCAGAAAGAAAACAGGGGUUACUGGUUCAUCUCUCACAAUGGAGACCAUGAGAGAUGAGGAGGAGGAGGACAGAUCUUCAGUGUCCAGAAAACCUCCAGAUUUGAGUAAUACACCUGGAACCUCUGACACAAAACAGAGAGCAGAGUCUCCAGUCCCCAGCUGUGUUUCUAUGAAGAGUGACUGGUCCAGAAGAGAACCUCCAUACUUCAGUAAUGAACCUGGACCCUCAGACACAAAACAGAGAGCAGAGUCUCCAGUCCCCAGCUGUCUGUCUAUGAAGAGUGACCGGUCCAGAAGAGAACCUUUAUACUUCAGUAAUGAACCUGGACCCUCAGACACAAAAGGGAAGAAGAAAAGUCAUGUUCCUGUGGAGGAGCAUCUGUCCAGCUGUGCUCUGUGUCAGGACGUCCUGAAGGAUCCAGUCUCUACCAGCUGUGGACACUGGUUCUGCAGACAGUGCAUCACCUCAUACUGGGAGCAGCGCCCUCCAUCAGUAGACUCCUCAUGUCCCCAGUGUGGAGAAAGAUCCAGAACCAGAGCUGGACUGCAGACAGCCAGUCAGACCAGAACAGUACAAACAGAACGUGGUCUGCAGGAGGUUUUAGAUGAACAUAGGGUCAGUCUGAGGGGGAGAUGUGAACAAGUGACUGAAGGAACUGAUAAAAGUGAAACCAGCCUCAACAGGAUCUUCACUGAGCUCUAUAUCACACAAGGACAGAGUGAAGAGGUUAAUACCCAACAUGAGGUGAGGCAGCUUGAGGCAGCUUACAAGACAAAUACCCUCCAUUACACUCCAAUCAAGUGCCAGGACAUCUUUAAAGCCUCACCUGACCAACAGACUCUCAUCAGAGCGGUCCUGACCAACGGAGUCGCUGGAGUUGGAAAAACCUUCACAGUGCAGAAGUUCACUCUGGACUGGGCCGAGGGUUUGGAAAACCAAGAUGUCAGUCUGGUGAUCCCGCUUUCCUUCAGGGAGCUUAACCUGAUCAAAGGUGAGCAGUACAGUCUUCUCAGGCUGCUCCAUGUUUUCCAUCCAACCUUAAAGGAGGUCACAGCAGAGCAGCUGGCUGUCUGUAAAGUGCUGUUCAUCUUUGACGGCCUGGAUGAAAGCAGACUUUCUCUGGAUUUCAAAAACAAUGAGGUUGUGUCUGAUGUCUCUCAGCAGUCCUCAGUCGACGUGCUGCUGACAAACCUCAUCAGGGGGAAGCUGCUUCCCUCGGCUCUCGUCUGGAUAACUUCUCGACCUGCAGCGGCCAAUCAGAUCCCUUCUAAGUGUGUGGACAGGGUAACAGAAGUACGAGGCUUCACUGACGCCCAGAAGGAGGUGUACUUCAGGAGGAGAUCGAGUGAUGAAAAAUGGUCCAGCAGAAUCAUCUCUCACAUCAAGAGCUCCAGGAGCCUCCACAUCAUGUGUCAGAUCCCAGUCUUCUGCUGGAUCACUGCUGCAGUUCUGGACCGCAUGUUGACUACAGACCGCAUGUUCACUACAGACCAGAGAGGAGAGCUGCCCAAGACCCUCACUGACAUGUACUCACACUUCCUGCUGGUCCAGACAAAGAGGAAGAAGCAGAAGUAUGAAGAGGGACAUGAGACGAGUCCACAGCAGCUGACGGAGGCUGACGGGGAGCUUCUUCUGAAGCUGGGGAGGCUGGCGUUUGAACAUCUGGAGAAAGGAGACAUCAUGUUCUACCAAGAAGACCUGGAGCGCUGUGGUCUUGACGUCACCGAGGCCUUAGUGCAGUCAGGAGUUUGUACAGAGAUCUUCAAAAGAGAGAGAGUGAUCUUCAAUAAAACAGUCUACUGCUUUGUUCAUCUGAGCAUUCAGGAGUUUCUGGCUGCAGUCUACAUGCUGCACUGUUACACCAACAGGAACACAGCGGUACUGAAGGACUUCCUGCAGGGAGACUAUAACAACAUGUUUAGCAGUGAUCAGGAUUACCCAUCCCUGGAUGUCUUCCUAAUGAGCGCCAUGAUGAAAUCACUCAAAAGUAAAAAUGGUCACCUGGACCUGUUUGUCCGCUUCCUCCACGGCCUCUCUCUGGAGUCCAACCAGAGACUCUUAGGAGGCCUGCUGGGUCGCACAGACAAACGUCCAGAAAUCAUCCAGAGAGCCAUCAGCAACCUGAAGGAGAUGAGAAGUGAUAACAUCUCUCCCGACAGGAGCCUCAACAUCUUCCACUGUCUGACAGAGAUGAACGACCACUCAGUACUUCAGGAGAUCACAGAGUUCCUGAAGUCAGAGAACAGAUCAGAGAAGAGACUCUUUGUGAAACGCUGGUCAGCUCUGGCCUACAGGCUGGAGAUGUCAGAGGAGGUUCUGGAUGAGUUGGAGAAGUACAAAACAUCACAGGAGAGACGACGGAGACUGAUUCCAGCUGAGAGGAACUGCAGGAAGGCUGUAAUUCCUGACAGUGGAUUCUUAGACUGGGAAGUCGUGGCCUCAGCUCUGAAGUCAGACCCCUCCGAUCUGAGAGAGCUGGAGCUGGAAGAACAUCUGCUGGAUUCAGUGGUGGAGCAGCUGAGUUCUGGACUAAAGAGUCCAAACUGUAGACUGAAGACUCUGAGACUGGAGAGCUGCAGUUUGUCAAAGAUCAGCUGGGCUGCUCUGAUCUCAGCUCUGAAGUUAAACCAUUCCCAUCUGAGAGAUCUGAACCUGAGACACAACACUCUGAAGGAUUCAGAAGGGAAGCUGCUGAGUGAUCUUCUGGAGAGUCCAGACUGCAGACUGGAGACUCUCGGACUGGAGAAUUGCAGUUUGUCAGAGAUCGGCUGGGCUGCUCUGAUCUCAGCUCUGAAGUUAAACCAUUCCCAUCUGAGAGAUCUGGAGCUGAGUCGCAACGAUCUGAAGGAUUCAGACGUGAAGCUGCUGAGUGAUCUUCUGGAGACUCCAGACUGCAGACUGGAGACUCUCAAACUGGGGCUCUGCAGUUUGUCAGAGAUCAGCUGUGCUGCUCUGAUCUCAGCUUUGAAGUUCAACCAUUCCCAUCUGAGAGAUCUGGACCUGAGUCAGAACGCUCUGAAGGAUUCAGGAGUGAAGCUGCUGAGUGAUCUUCUGGAGAGUCCAGACUGCAGACUGGAGACUCUCAUACUGCAGUUCUGCAGGUUGUCAGAGAUCAGCUGGGCUGCUCUGAUCUCAGCUCUGAAGUUAAACCCUUCCCAUCUGAGAGAUCUGGACCUGAAUGGCAACGAUCUGAAGGAUUCAGGAGGGAAGCUGCUGAGUGAUCUUCUGAAGAGUCCAGACUGCAGACUGGAGGCUCUCAGACUGGAGCGCUGCAGUUUGUCAGAGAUCAGCUGUGCUGCUCUGAUCUCAGCUCUGAAGUCCAACUCCUAUCUGAGAGAGCUGGACCUGAGUGGCAACGCUCUGAAGGAUUCAGAUGUGAAGCUGCUGAGAGAUCUUCUGGAGAGUCCAGACUGCAGACUGAAGACUCUCGGGAUCAGAGGCGAGAUGAUGAAAGCCAAGAUACAGAAGAAAUGUCCAUGAGGGAAUAUCGUCAUCUCAACAAAUGGCAGUGCGUUCAGCCCCGUAAUCCUGCAUGAGGUUCAAUUUCUGUCCCUCAAAUCUUUGGAAACAGUCAGAAGAACGGCUACGGAGAACAUGAAGAACAGUUUUCAA